AUGUCAACGACAAUACCGAUAUCACGCGACAGAUCGAUCGAUCAAUUGCCUCCAAUCUCAGGUGGAUCUACCAGCAGGGAAAUGUUACAACCACUACAAACAGAAGACGAAGAAGGAGAGGAAGAGCAAGAGCAAGAGAGGGAGAUGGAUCCCCGUCCCAUUAGCAUCAGCAUCAGCAUCAGACCGAAAUCCAAUAUAAAUGGAAAUGGAAACGGAAAUGGACAAAUAUCGAGAUCGAAUUCCGUACAAACAAAGGAAAAGGAAAAGGAAAAAGAAAGGGUGGUGAUCGAUAAAGACUUGUUACCUCAUCCUGCAGAAGACCUUUCAGCAGAUGACGAUUUACUAUCUUGGAUCCUGGUAGACCAGUUGGGUUGUAUGCCCAAUACCAAAUUGGGUGUACAUCCCCAACAGGUCAAGUUCGUUGGUCCGACAUUCAAGACGGAUGAGGUAUUGAAUAUAGUCAGAGAGACUGUAACGAAAGGAAAUAUACAAGGUGCCAUGCAAAGGUUACAAGAAUUCCACUUGAUCAAAUCUCAUCUUGAGAGUAAAAUGACGGAUUAUCAGAGAGAACGAUUCGUCUCGCAUCUACGUCGAUACCUCUUACCCCUCUUACCUACUUCUCGAUUAGAAAUUCAUCUGACAUCUCGAUACUCAUUCAUCACGGGUCAUACCGAAUUGGCUGUGUUUGCGACUCGACCUCUAACGCCCGGACUGGUCAUGCAGGAAUUACAAGGCAGUGUGGUUCCCUUGCCAGAUCAAUGGAGGGAAGAAAUGGAGAUUGGCGAAGAUUUCGCCGUUGCCGUCGAAGCUGCCGGUGAAGAAACUGAUUCAGAUGCUGGAGGAGGAAGUGACGAUGAAGAUGAUAAUGUAUCUUUACAUUCUUCAGCAACCGCCGCAAGGAAAGAUAAAGGUAAAUCGAAAGAAGUCGAUAAUAAUAAUAAUAGUAAUGGUAACACGACACGAAAAGGUCAAAGAAGGAGUGAUAGAACCAAAAGAAGAGAUUUUAGUAUUGUGUGGUCGGGUUUGAAAAGAUGUUAUCAGCUUUUCUUAGGUCCCGCUAGAUUCUUAAAUCAUGACUGUAAUCCGAAUGUGGAGCUUUUACGACAAGGGAAACAUGUAACAUUUAGAGUGUUAAAGCCGAUUCGGAUUGGAGACGAGUUGACCACAUUCUACGGAGAGAACUAUUUCGGUCGAAAUAACAUAGAAUGUCUCUGUCUUACUUGCGAACAGAAGGGCGUCGGGGGAUUUACGCCAGUGUCAUCCAUUCCUUCAGGUCGAAAUUCAAGAUCGAAUUCCAGAGAUUCUUCAGCCGGACCAUCGCGCCGAGAUACUUCAGCUGACAUGCGCGAAUCCAUUGCAAGGGAAAUCAAAAACGUUGGACCGAGUUCGUUGAGGAACGUGAUGAAUGGUAACCAGGACGAUGAACUUGAUGAUUUACAACCAGCUACUACCGUCGAGCCCAGUCUGGUCGGUGAUGAUACAGAAGAAGCUAGUCUAUCCGUUUCCUUCAAGGAUGAUAAUGGGGAAGAUUCGGCUUCGGCUUCGAUUUCGAUUACCGCUACGCCUACCAAGAAAAAUAUUCUCAAGAUCACCAUACCUCCGUCACCUACGACGGAAAGCGUCGCGUCUGAACCCGAUUCCCCUCUCGACCCACCUGCAAGAAGGGAAAGGAUCAUUCGGAAAGUAGUCCAGAAUAUCAAACCUUGGUCAUUCCUCCAGAGACCCAAAAAAUUCAAGAAAGAUGAGCCUUCUGAAAAUGAUGAGGAAUCUACCGAAGUAACGGACGACCUCCCAGAUGAUUUUCCAAGAUGCGCAACUUGCGCUAAACCCCUUGCUGAACAGAUUUGGUUCAAUGGAAGAUAUUUCGAACAUUGUGCUAGGUGUGUUCGACAUGCUUUCAUCUUUGAAUUGCCUUGGCCAUCUCAUCGACCUCAAGAUGUACGAGAAUAUCCACCUGCACACUUACUUCCAUCUCGAUACAUCCCACCUAAAAUAUCCACCAUACCCUUACCGACGUUAAGCAAACUACCUAAAUAUGUUAAACCGAUCGAAGUGCCAGUGUCACCAGCCAACGAAACCAAACUCAUGCGCCAAGCACGUAAAUUGCGUGAUCAAAUUGCCGCUGAAGAUUUCUUUGUCGAGUCCUUGAGAGAAGUAGCGUGGUCAGCACAGGAGAGCAAGGAAGCUGCUGCUGAAGCUCGAGAAGCAGCUUUACAAGCUCAAAAGGAAGCUAAAGAAGAGGCGAGGAGACUCAGGUUGGAAGAGAAGAGGCAGAGGGAUGCGAAGAACAUCAAAGGAACGGGUGUAUGGAGUAGAUAUGCUUAUUUGACUGAGGAAGAUAUCAGGAAGAAGGAAGCUGAGAGGAAUCAAGUUUUAUCCGGUACGAGAAGAGGUGGCAGAUUCCGAGCUAGAGAGGAUGAAGAGGAGAUGAAGAAGCUGGCAGAAGAGAAGGCUCGAGAAGAACGGAGAGAGAACUUGGCAGUGAUGGGUAUAGAACCUGGUUCUCCUGAAAGGUCUGGAAUUGACCAAUCGAACAACCAGCAACAAGAAGUAGAAGAAGGGGAAGGAGAAGUUGAAGAAGGUGAUGUGUCAAUUGCAUCUUCAUCUGGAACUAGCACUGAACUUGUGGUUGAUCCGCGAGCAUUGGUCAGAGGUCAAAGACAAAUACCCCAUAAAAUCACUCUCUUCACAAGGAAAGAUAAGGAGAAGGAGAGAGUAACAGUGAAUGAAGAUGAAGAUGAUGAGUUGGAGGUUGCAACUUCACCUGUAUUAUCGGUAAUACCGCCUCCGAAACCAACCGUACGAAACGCUGUACCAUCGUCAUCUAAGCCUCGUCCUGUAUCUGCAUCAACAUCUACUGUUUUCAGACCUAUCGCACCCAAAAUACCCACUCUGCCUAAUACCGCUUCAAGAAUUGUGGUAUCUUCCAAGACGACUUCACCUGGAAAAGACACAGCAUCAAAAGUCGUAUCUUCACCAAUUCCCAAACCCGGCGGCAACUCCAGCUCCAGCUUCAUACUUAAAUCGACACCCAAUACCAAAUACAGUCCUUCCACUUCAUCGAUCAAUAGAUCACCUAUUAUUGAUCUUACACUUGAUUCGGACGAUUCAGAUAAUUCUUCCAAUGCUUCUGGACCUGAAUCACUAAAAAGGAAGAAGGGUAGACCGUUGGGUUCAGGUAAACACCAAAAAGCAGCUAUGAAGAAAUUGGCAAAAUCGCAAUCCCAAUCACAAUUACCCUUGGGCAACGCGAGAGUAGAAACACCUACGGGUCAAAACUCACCUAUUGAUUUGUCAUUUGGUGAUGAAGUGAAAUCUAAAGUUAGGGAUGAAAAUCGCUUUUUCCCCAGAUCACUGGAGUCCCAGGUUAUACAAGCUGCAUAUCGUCUUACGUCCUCAUCUGGAACUUCCCCUGCGAAAGCCACCAACAGGGAGAAUCACGCUGGACCAUCGAGACUCUACUCCGCUCAUCAUCUACCACCACUACCUCCAGCCGGUUCCGGUUUGGGCUCCGGUUUCGGUUCUAGCAAGACGUCCAAUGGAUCUGGAUCAACCUCAUCAAUCGACAUGGCCGAGAAUGCGUUAGACAAACAUCCUGCAUCAUCUUCGUCGUCAUCUACAUCGCCUCCUAGCGCGAACACUAGUGCAAGUGCGAGUAAUGGAGAGAUGAAGAUGCCAAAAUUGAAAUUGAACGUCAAUUCCAGUCCCGCUCAUCUCAAGAUCAACGGUCGGGGAUCAUCACCCACGAAGAAUCCAGCCUUUAUUCAUCCUUUGGCUGCUGAGAUGAAUAGAAUGAAGAAAGAAGAAGAGGAGAGACUUUCACCUAAGAAGGAUGAUAAAAGCAAAUCAGGUUCGAGCUCGAGUUCGAGUUUGAAAGGUUUAUCUUAUGGGAAUGGAAAGUAUCAUCAUGGUACCCAUUACGGUGGAAUCUACUCUAAGGAAUAUACCGAUAAACCCCCUACUGCCCUUGCCGCCUUCGGUGUGGGUCCCGUCUCUUCCUCUAGUUCUUCUACGUUGGCGUUCAAUGAUAAGAAGAGGAAAAGGAUUUCUGACAUUAGUGAAGCAUCAUCAACUUCUUCACCAUCAUCACAUCAACCGGAAAAGAAGAAACGCACUUUCUUCACUUCUUCCAUAUCUGUUGGGGUGUUGAAACCUACACCGGUGAUACCUAAACCGAAACAUUCCAUUCAUCCUUAA